AUGAACGCUACAAUACCGAGAAGGCGCCCAAUGUGCGCCAUGAGGUUAGGCGACAUAAACUCCUCCAGUGUGUUCAAGGAAGCUGAAGAACUGCUCUCAGAACUGCCGGCGCAAACUACGGUGCCUACGUCAUCCUUGAAACACAGACGGGAAAUGCUCAUCCCUAAGUAUUCGAAGGUCACUCAGGAUGCGGGAUCCGUAGAGGACGACGAGUGGUAUACCAGUGAUGCCGCGAAACGAAACAUACAAAACAUCAUAAAUUCUACAAUAGGGGGCAGGAAGAAAAGCAACACACAGAAUACCGCCGAAAAAGCGGCUCCUCAACCAAAAAAGAAUCGCAAAAAGUACGGCCCUGGAAAACCGGUGGAUAUGAAGAUUUGGAUGAAUAUAGGUACCAACGACCUUCUCACCAGGUGCAAAAGGGCACGCAAAUUCUUGGAGAAUGGCAUUCCCAUCAUGUUCAAAAUCGAAGGACAGGGACACGCUGAAAAUUACAUGAUGCAUGGGAAGCUAAUAGUGAAUACGGCCAUGAGUGUCCUUUCAGACGUGGCUAAAUUAGGCGGCGAUCUGCAAAUACAUACUAACUUUCUGUCGCAAAUUUUCAACCCGCUUGUCACUGUAAAACGGAACACAAACACGGCAUUUGCUGAAACGCAAUAUAAUCAGGGUGUUGAGGUGCCUGGACAGGUAACUGAUAGCAUGGUGAGGGAUUCAUCAGAACAUUCUGGAAGCGUUCGAAUGACGAAAACGUUGGAUCCGAUAAAACCGGUAGCACAGACGCCACACGACACCAUGUCUACGGUGUGGAAUCAAAGAAAUGCGCAACAAGACUUCUCAGGAAAUGUGUUUAAACUAGAUGGUUCUGCAGAAAGGUCGGGUGCGGUGGACCAACAACAUGUGGCAGACGCUACCGAGGCCAACUUUUCUGAUAGUCCGUUACCUCCAGUACAAGGAUACGUUUACACAACAGUGGACGAUCAUCAAAAACCUACAACCCGUGCGCUACAAACUGAUAUCUUCGGUGGGAUGAAAGUCCAGGCCACCGAUGACCCUCCAGAACGAAAAGUUCCGGGGUCAUAUCAAGUAUCAAGUAGUCCCAUGGCUAUGGAAAACCUUAUUCCAAAAGGAGAAACAGUGGUGCAGCGGCAACUGCGAAAUUUAGACGAUGAUCGCCAACAUACGGCGGAACAUGGUCCUAAACCGGCGCAGGUUAAGGGAACUGGCAAAGAUAAGGCUGCGUCAAAAUUCAUGACUAUCGAAAAACCAACGCAGGCGCCAGUUGUGGACACAAGUCCUACGGCUAGCAAUGACAUCAUGCUCAAGCGAUUCAUCGAAAUGCGGUCUGGAACAAUGCCCCUUCCGGCUGCCGAACCAAUUGCCCGGAAUAUGAUGGCAAAUACCCCGCUGCCACGCGUCAAACCCGCUACGUUGAACCCUAUGCCAUCAUACGCGGUUCGGUUACAAAAGCCAAGGACAGAGGUGCCAUACUUGUCGCAGCAUACAAGUCAACAUCCCUAUAAUGGGGAACAUACAUCACCAAAUCACAACAUCGCAUUUCAGAGACCGUCACGCCCGGCUGUUCUCGCACAGCCACCUCCUGUGCCCAUGAAUGCAGCAACGAAAUGGCCUUACAGAUCCCAUGCUGGUAGCGGUACCACGGCGCAACGUCCGCGCAUAGGUGCAGAAAAAACAGAGCAGCGAACCAAAUCUCGGUGGAUUGUGCUGGACAAAGAUAAUCCUUGA